GCCAUAGCAUAGCCUUUUAAAAUACAACUGACUGUUAGUUAGUGUUUGUGUGAGUCAUUUGAGUGCACAUUCAGUUUGUGUCUGAAAUAAAUAUAUUAAAAGAAAAAUAAUCUAUAAGUGAGUUGUGUUGUUGUGUGUGUGGUAUGAGUGGUAUGAGUGCCGGUGAUCAUCAAAUUGAGUCAAAUAUAUACAUACAUACAGUCAUUGCUCGUAUAUAAACCUUACUGUCCUUUCAUUGUGAAUGUCUUGUGACUUGUGAUCAUCACUUUGUUGGACAUUCACACGACAAUAACAAGAAGAAGAAGAAAUCGGUGCAUCCAUUGAAUCCAUUGGUCCAAUCAAUCAAUCGGUCAUAUUUUUGUUUGUUUAGGUGAUGGCGGUGAUGGAAAGUCGGGUCACAACAAUCAGCUAUUCACAGAACUCAACGGACGGAUAUAUGGAACAGGAAGAAGAAUGGGAACGGGAGGGUCUGUUGGACCCCGCGUGGGAAAAACAACAGAGAAAGACAUUCACCGCUUGGUGUAACUCUCAUCUACGCAAAGCCAACACAUCGAUUGAUAACAUCGAAGAAGACUUCAGAAAUGGCUUGAAAUUAAUGCUUCUGCUGGAAGUGAUAUCCGGCGAAACACUGGCCAAACCAGACCGAGGAAAGAUGAGAUUUCAUAAGAUCGCAAACGUUAACAAAGCACUUGACUUUAUCGCCAGCAAAGGUGUCAAAUUGGUUUCAAUUGGAGCCGAAGAGAUUGUCGAUGGAAACACCAAAAUGACUUUGGGUCUAAUCUGGACUAUUAUCUUGAGAUUUGCCAUCCAAGACAUCUCUGUCGAAGAGAUGACAGCCAAAGAAGGUUUGCUGUUGUGGUGUCAGCGUAAGACAGCUCCCUAUAAGAACGUAAACGUCCAGAACUUCCACUUGAGUUGGAAGGAUGGUCUGGCCUUCUGUGCACUAAUCCAUAGACAUAGACCUGAUUUACUCGACUACUCUAAACUAUCGAAGGACAAUCCAUUAGAGAAUCUGAACCUCGCCUUCGAUAUCGCCGAAAAACAUCUUAAUAUUCCUCGAAUGCUUGACGCCGAAGAAAUGGUAAAUAUGGUGAAACCUGAUGAGAGGGCCGUAAUGACAUACGUGUCCUGUUAUUAUCAUGCCUUUCAAGGAGCCCAACAGGCGGAAACGGCAGCCAAUCGUAUCUGUAAAGUAUUGAAAGUCAAUCAAGAAAAUGAAAGGCUUAUGGAAGAGUACGAACGUCUGGCCAGUGAUCUACUCGAAUGGAUCCGUCGCACCACUCCGUGGCUCGAAAACAAAACCACUGAUAAUAAGCUGUCAACUGURCAGAAAAAGUUGGAAGAAUUCAGAGCUUAUCGCAGAGUCCAUAAGCCGCCCCGUGUCGAGCAAAAGGCUAAAUUGGAGACCAACUUCAAUACAUUGCAAACAAAACUACGUCUAAGCAAUCGACCCGCUUAUAUACCAACUGAAGGCAAAAUGGUUUCCGAUAUCGCAAACGCCUGGAAAGGACUCGAGUUUGCAGAGAAAGGCUUUGAAGAAUGGCUGUUGUCUGAAAUGAUGAGACUCGAAAGGUUAGACCAUUUGGCACAGAAAUUCAAGAAUAAAGCCGAUACACAUGAAGACUGGACAAAAGGCAAAGAAAAUAUGCUUCAAAGUCAAGACUUUCGCAAUUGUCGUCUGAAUGAAGUUAAGGCGUUGAAGAAAAAACAUGAAGCCUUUGAAUCGGAUUUGGCCGCACAUCAGGACCGAGUCGAGCAAAUUGCUGCCAUCGCUCAAGAAUUAAAUUCAUUGAAUUAUCACGACUCGACUACUGUGAACGCCCGGUGCAAACGCAUCUGUGAUCAAUGGGAUCGAUUGGGAACUUUGUCGCAAAAAAGAUCCGCAGCACUGGAAGAAGCCGAACGUGUUCUUGAAAAGAUCGAUACSUUGCACCUGGAGUUUGCCAAAAGAGCCGCACCGUUCAACAAUUGGUUGGACGGCGCUCGCGAAGAUUUAGUGGAUGUUUUUAUUGUGCACACUGUAGAAGAGAUCCAAGGAUUAGUCGAAGCACACGAUCAGUUCAAACAGACUUUGGGAGAGGCAGACAAAGAGCACUCAGCUAUUGUAUCGCUUUCUCAAGAAGUACAGUCUAUUGCAACUCAAUAUCAGAUUCCCGGAGGAAUAGAAAAUCCGUACACAACAUUGACCGGACACGACAUCACUACCAAGUGGAGCGAAGUUAAACAAUUAGUGCCAAAACGGGAUCAGACUCUUCAAACUGAACACAUGAGACAACAGCGCAAUGAAGGACUUCGUCGUAAAUUUGCCGAAAAGGCCAACGGAGUCGGUCCGUGGAUUGAACAGCAAAUGGAUGCGGUGGCAGCCAUUGGAAUGGGAAUGUCAGGAACUCUCGAAGACUCUCUAAGCAAACUUAGACAAUACGAACAGGCAGUUAACCAAUACAGACCACAUAUGGAUGAAUUGGAAAAGAUUCAUCAGGAGGUCCAGGAGGGCAUGAUUUUUGAGAAUAGAUAUACUCACUAUACUAUGGAGACAUUGCGUGUCGGUUGGGAACAGUUGAUGACAUCAAUUCACAGAAACAUCAACGAAGUGGAGAACCAGAUAUUGACCCGCGAUUCGAAGGGCAUCACUAAUGAACAGCUGAAUGAGUUCCGCGUAUCGUUCAAUCAUUUCGAUAAAAACCGAACCGCAAGACUCAAUGACCACGAAUUUAGAUCGUGUUUAGUGUCGUUGGGUUACAGUAUUAGAAACGACAAACAGGGAGAUUCCGAUUUCCGCCGAAUCAUGAAUAUCGUUGACCCGAACAACACGGGUUUUGUAGCAUUUGACACUUUCCUCGACUUUAUGACCCGCGAAAGUACGGACACCGAUACUGCCGAACAAAUCAUCGAUUCGUUCCGUAUUUUGGCGUCAGAUAAGCCGUACAUCACAGCCGAUGACUUGCGCCGUGAAUUACCACCCGAUCAGGCAGAGUAUUGUAUACAGCGAAUGGCGCCAUACAAGGGACCCAAUGCAGCUCCCGGUGCUCUCGACUAUAUGUCAUUUUCGACCGCAUUGUAUGGCGAAAGCGAUCUAUGAAUCAAUCGCUGAAAAACUAGUCACUCAAUGCCAUUGAAUGCAAUUUUUUCAUUAAUUAUCAAAAAAUAUAUCAAUCAAACAAACAAACAAAAAAACUUAUAUAGAAUUUCAUACCUUUUAAUAAUCAUUUUAACGGAUAUUAUUAUAAUAUGACAAAUAUAAUUAAGUAAUUAAUUGUGUCUUAAUUUAAAAUAUUAUUAAUAUUUAUUAUAUAUAUAAAAAAGAGAGACAAAGAAACGCAAAAAUCAUUUAUAAAAAUGAGCUCAAAAUAUAAUUGCGGCCUAACUUUCAUAAAAAAACUUUUCAAAAUACUUGACAAUAAUUAUAAUAUUAAUAUAUAAUUUGAUAGUCAUUUAUAAAAGCAAAAAUCAAUUAACUGUUAUGUGUUGUGUUUAGUGUUGUUGAGUGUCCUAUUGAUGUCUAAAAAUCAAUACUUUAUAUACAUUAUAUAUUUAUUGAUAUAAUUUGAUA